GUUAGUGCAAAUGUGUGUUCUCCCAGAGUGGGAAGCGUCCGGCGACCAGGGAGUCCGGCCAACUGUCACAUAGCCUUUGGCCUUUGGCUUUUGGAUGCUUUACACUUUCCUUUUGGAUCGAUACUUUUGUUGUUGCUGCUGCUCUAUUUACUGUGCUGGGAAAAGGCCAGACAGCUGGAUGUUCACACCUGGAUGUCAGCAGCAGCCCUGAGACCCCUGGGUGGAGGGGAGAGAGAGUAACACGGCCGGCUCUGUCCUUCUUUCUUUGUAGGGAGAACAACCUCCAUCGCCACCUCCUGGAACGCUUGAAACAUGGCUCACGUCCAGAGGGUGCAGAAGAAGACCAGCACCAUGUCCCUGACCAUCUCCUCCUCCUCCUCCUCCUCCUCCAGCGCCGUGGCCCAGAAAAACUCCAGCCUGGUGCAGCCGCUGUGUGGCAGCCCUCAGAGGACACAGAGUCCCGAACACACCCAACAGCAUUCAGGAGGAGUGGCCCCCACUUUCGUCAAGUGUCUCCAUGAUGUGUCCACGCUGAAUGGCCAGCUGGUGGUCCUGGAAUGCAGGCUGAGAGGAACCCCCCCCCUGCAGGUCAUGUGGUACAGAGAGGACGAGCAAGUGUUGGACUCGGACGAUUUCAGAAUACUGCGCAAGAAGACCUGCUCGGGAUCAGUGCCAGAGGAGCUGUGCACGCUGGUGAUCACCGAGGCCUUUCCAGAAGACUCCGGCCUGUUUAAAUGCGUGGCUCUAAACCCCUUCGGCAGGGUAUCCUGCUCGGCCGCCCUGGAGGUUUACAACGACCUGGAGGAGCAGCUGGAGGCGGAGGCCGCUGGUCAGCAGGAGGAGGCUUCUCCCCCCCGGAGAAAGGAGGCAGCAUUCCAACACGAGACUCCCUCCUUCAGCGAGAGCGCCGACGACUUUCCCCCCGAGCUGCCCGACUCCAUGACACUCCCCCCUCCCGAGUGGCCUGACAGCCCUGUAGAAGACAACAUGCUUGUUGCAGAUUUACCACAGGCGGGCAACCACUCCUUUGAAGAACACUUUGGCUGUAGUGAGGAGGUGCUGAGCUCAGGGGGGCAAAGGUCACCGGGAGUCACAGUCGGAGCCUACACGCCUAGCCCUACACCUCCACCGAGCCAAGUCAAGGAGCUGACCCACACCCCCAAGCUGUUCAGCCCCACCAAGCUCAGUUUCCCUCCAGGAGGUCCCACAAUGAACCUGUCUGACCUGCCCUCCUUCACUCCCAGCGUCUUCCCCCCGAGCGCCUUCAACUAUGAGCGCCCACGCCAUUUCAUCCAAUCGCAGGCCGCCUUUCAGGCACCCAGCUAUGACAGCGUUCUGAGAGAAGCCCAGGAGAACCAGAACAGCUCUCAGCAGAACCUCAGCAGCUUCCAAGAUAGUCCAAACCCCACGGAGACACAGAGUCGAGUUAACGCCACGCCCGCACAACCACAGUCUUUUUCCCAGACUCAGUCAGUGUCUGAGUCCUCGUCGCAGAGCCAGGCGCAGCUACAGUCCCGAAGCCUCAGCCAGAGCCAGGUUCAGUCCCGAAGCCUCAGCCAGAGCCAGGUUCAGUCCCAAAGCCUCAGCCAGAGCCAGGUUCAGUCCCGAAGCCUCAGCCAGAGCCAGGUUCAGUCCCAAAGCCUCAGCCAGAGCCAGGUUCAGUCCCAAAGCCUCAGCCAGAGUCAGGUUCAGUCCCAAAGCCUCAGCCAGAGCCAGGUUCAGUCCCAAAGCCUCAGCCAGAGCCAGGUUCAGUCCCAAAGCCUCAGCCAGAGCCAGGUUCAGUCCCAGGCCCAGACAGAGGUCAAGACCCAGGUCCAGAUUCAGACACAGGCCAACGGCAUGGGCAAGUCUUCCUCCUCCAGUAUCAGCUCUCCCAUUUCCCCCCAGGCCUCCUCUGCUGCGCCUCCUCAGUCCUCCCUUGCCCCCAUGCAAAGUGCCCCCGCCUCCACCGUCCCAGCCUCCAUAUCCCUUCUCCCUCGCACCACCAUGCGUUCCACCAUCACUCUCACCCCCAGCAUUCCCAGCGCCACCGGCCUGGGCAGCGCCACCCUGCCGGCCAAUCAGGACGCCAUGUCGGCACCCGCCGCCUACCUCUGCUCCGUGCUGCCCUCCCAGUCUGGCUUCUCCUCAUCCAAGCUGUCUCCCAACUCCACCCGGCCCCACUUCCCCACCUCCCCCUCCCGCUCCCCACCUGCCCCCCGAAGCCCUCUCCUCCCCGCAAGGGGGUCCUCCUCUGGUAUCUCCCUCCCCCAGCAGCCUCUUGCAGUGUCACCGUGCCUCCCUGGCUCCCCUCUUUCUCCGUCCUCCUCCUCUCUGCAGCAGCCCAACACUUCCAACGGUCAGAGCAGAGUACCUCCUGCUGUGGUCUCCUUGCCGGCCAGCUACAAGGCAGCGCCAAGCAUCCUUCCCAAGCCCAUUCUGAAGAAGGCCGUAGCUCCUCGGCCAUCCUCCUCUCGCUCCACAGAUGAAGACAUCCAGGGCUCCAAAGACGCCCUCAUCCAGGAUCUGGAGAAGAAGCUGCGCUCAAAGGAGGCCAGGAGGAGAAAUUGCCAGAAACUGUCCUACGAGGAGCGCAUGGCUCGAAGGCUGCUGGGUCCAGACAACGCCAACUACACGUUGGACCAAGACAGUCUCUCAGACUCACACCCCGACCAGCCAGAUUCACCAGAAGGAAGACACACAGGGGGACUCUGGGGGAGGCGCCACACAGGCACGGAUGAGCGGGGAAACGAGGGCUCCGCCAUCCAGGAGAAAUGUUACGCUCCUCGCUUCCUGCAGGUACCUCCAGACCUAACGGUGGAGGAGGGACGCUUCUGUAGGAUUGACUUCAAGGUGGGCGGCCUCCCCACGCCUGACGUGUGCUGGUACCUGGACGGAAAGGCCAUUCGUCCAGACGACUUCCAUAAGAUGUUGGUGUCUGAAAGGGGGAUGCACUCAUUCCUCAUAGAGAUCGUCACAGUGCACCACGCCGGCGUGUACGAGUGUGUAGCGCGGAACCGAGCCGGGGAGGCGCGAUUCUCCAUGAGGCUCGACGUGUUAGCCCAGGAGGCUCUCCGUCCUCCCACCUUUGUCCAGAAGAUGUCCAACUCCAGAGCUCUGGAGGGGGAUACUGUUCGGCUGGAGUGUAAAGUGGACGCCUCCCCGCCUCCACAGCUCUUCUGGAAGAAAGACAAGGACAUGCUGCGCAUCGACCCAAACAGAAUGAGUCUGUACCAGGACGGCUCAGGGCGCCAGUGCCUGCUGCUGGAGAGGCUGUUGAAGUCGGAUGCCGGUUGGUACACGCUGUCUGCCAUCAAUGAAGCCGGCAUGUCCACGUGCAACGCCAGGCUGGAUGUGGGCACUCGCACAGCCCCGCCCAUGAAAACAGCGCCCCCCGGCUCCAAGACGUUGAAGAUGCUGUCCUCUCUGAGCCAUGUGCCUACCCGGACCGUGGAGAGCCCCGCCCAGCACACUGCCCCCCUGUACGAAAGCGAGGAGCUGUAGACGUCCCCCCGUCCCUCCACUCACAUCCUCAGAACCGUCACACAUCUCAGAAGCCUCGAGGCACUUUUUGUUCUAGUGGUCUUUGGUUCAGUGCAGCAGAACCAGGACACACAACACUUGAGUUCAAUUGCAUGUCUGGUUAUUGUACUAUAAUAUAAACUCUGCAGUUUUAUUUCAAGUUUCUUACUGUUCGAUACAGAGUACGGUACAUUAACAGGGGAAAUCUUCCACAUAAACCAAGAUAUUUAUUUCAUGGUUUUCCUGUUACAAAAAGUUUGACGGUGUCUUGGUAACAAGCUCACCCGUCCUCUGCCUGGUGCUUGUUUCCGUGGUGAUGAGGAGCAGUCGGUAGUCACUCAGACAAAUGUUUCCCCAGUCGGGAGCCUGGUGAGUUAAAAUAACCUCAUGUGGUCCAUCUGCUGCUGUUUGUCACCCCUGUGUGUGUGUGCGCUAGAGGCUGCAGAGCUGCUGUAAGCCUGUCUGCAGGUCAUGGAUGCAUAAAUAGACCUGGAUACAUUGUGCAUUGAGGUCCAGAAGGCCUCAAACAGCAAUGCGGCAUCUGUUUUCCUCGGGAGCAACCUGAGAGUACCCACUAGUGGUGAGCAGGCCGACCCACAACCCUGUGGGUGUGGGGCUGUGCUAACGUUAUUUUGGUUUGGGUGGGUUGACUUAACUUAUAAAAACGUAUAGGCAAACCGCAAUGUCCCUCUCUCAAACACACACACACUCUUCGGGACCGGCUAAGUGUCUGGGUCCCCUAACGUGGCAGGUAAAAGAUAAACACCUCUGACCUCUUGGUCCAGCUCUGAGGGGCUCUCCUUGUCUUUGAGCUCCAGCUGCUCCUCAUUGAGUCCAAUAUGUCAUUUUAAAGUUGCUUUUCUAAUAAACAGUUCACAAAUAAACGGUUCAAUUGUCAGUGACAUGUGUCGGGGCUUGAGCAGCAGCCUGCCCCUCUGACGACUGAACCCCACACUUGAACGUUGGAUAACAUCUGCAGUGCAGAUCGGUUGAGGAAGCAAACUCACUUUCUCACCGGAGCCUUAAAUACAAAAAGCUGGAUGUGUUGCUACCUUCAGAAACCCGGUUCUGCUGAUCUAGUGCAGUCACUGUGCUCAGUGACAGGAUAUCUAAACUAUUUAUUUGUGGUGUUGAAUCAAAUGUGGUUAAACCUUUUUAGUGAGCUAGUAGUGUGUAGUGUAAGUUCUACAUAUGACUGUAUGAAUGAGGAAUAAAGUUAUGAUCCUGA